AUGGAAGAGUCUGAUAUAUUCAAGAUAACAAAGUAUUGCAGGUCACACACAUGUUCCAUCGAAAUUCUGAAUCACGACCAUAGACAAGCAACUGCUAAGGUUAUUGGUCAGUUGAAUAAAAAUAAGUUUACAGGAAUAGAACAUAUUUAUAAACCUUGUUAUAUCGUUGAGGAUAUGAUGAAAGAUUAUGGCGUGAACAUAAGUUAUGAUAAAGCGUGGCAUGCAAGGGAAGCCAGAUAUGAUCUCACUAGAGUAUCGGAGAACCCGAUAAUCUAUGUGUCUGAUCAGAUGGUAUCUAUCAGCAAUGCUAUUCAUGGAUUGUACACGUGGCACAUAGAACAUAAUCUUAUUACAAACUUUAAGGAUAGUACGGUUGUUAGGAUAUUUAGAGAUGCGGCAAGGGCAUUUCGCAUGAUACAGUUCCAGAAAAAAUGGGACGAACUCCUUAGUUUUUUAGACGGUAUUGUCACGAAAUAUCUAGAAGACAUCAGUCUUCAAACAUGGGCAUGGGUUUACCAAAUAGAACAAAGAUAUGACAACAUGAUGUCCAACAAUGCAAAGUGUUUUAGUUUGUUAACUAAAGAAUAUCGGCUAUUGCUCAUAGUAUUCUUGAUUGAACAUGUUAGAGGAAUACUCCAAUUGUGGUUCUACGAACGAAGGAAUUACUGGGCAUCUCGAACGACAUUGCACUCUAACUACUGUGAAAUCCGAUUAGCAAGUGAGGUUGAUAAGGGCAGACGAUAUCGGGUUAAGCCUAUUAAUUGUUAUCAGGUCCAUGUGCGAGAUAAUCAAUUGGACGGUAUUAUGAAUCUUCACAUGAAGGGAUGCACGUUUAAGGAAUUCGACUCACUUGGUAUCCCGUGUUCGCAUGCAAUUUUUGCCACCAAGGAACGAAACAUACCUAUUCAGAGUCUUCGCAGUCGAUUUUAUACAGUGGAUUCUCUAAUGACUGCGUAUGCAAAACCUAUAAAUCCACUUUGGCAGAUAUAUGAAUGGAAUAGAGCUCCUGAAUAUGUAGAAAAAACUAUCCUUCCUCCAAAGUUUGUGGCACAAAUUGGGCAAUAG